UCCUUCACCAAGACCAAACAUGCCUAUUCGAUACUUCAUAAUGAAGAGUAGCAAUUUGAGGAACCUUGAAAUUUCUCAACAGAAGGGAAUCUGGUCUACAACCCCUAGUAAUGAGCGGAAGCUAAAUCGAGCCUUUUGGGAAAGCAGCAUGGUUUACUUGGUAUUUUCUGUUCAAGGAUCUGGACAUUUCCAGGGAUUUUCUAAGAUGUCUUCUGAGAUAGGAAGGGAGAAGAGCCAGGACUGGGGCUCAGCUGGACUUGGAGGAGUAUUUAAAGUGGAAUGGAUACGAAAAGAAAGUCUUCCCUUUCAGUUUGCCCACCAUUUACUCAAUCCUUGGAAUGACAACAAGAAGGUCCAGAUAAGCAGAGAUGGGCAGGAACUAGAACCUCAAGUUGGUGAACAGUUGCUCCAGUUAUGGGAACGCCUUCCACUGGGAGAAAAAAACACAACUGAUUGACAUUCAGAACUCUUAGCCGCAGAAGAACAUCAUGCCUAUUAUAUGACCACUAAAUGCACUGACUUCUAAAAACUGAGAUUGGGGUUGUGUAUUGUGAAUGGGCUUUUCUGAUUUAGAGUGUUGCUUCAGAACCACCAUCUUCAUUUAUAAGGGAAAAAGAUCAUUUACAUUUUUAUAGUGAUUAUAAGGAAUGAUUAUGUAAUGUUUAUAAUGAGUAAAAUAAUAGUAGUUUCAUUUAUUUGACACAAUAGAAGUUAUUUUAAACAAACUUAAUUUGAAAUUAAAUCUUUCUUUAAAACUGAAUUACAGCUGUUAUUGGUAACUUUUUAAUGCAAAGUAAAUUAUUUACUUUUAAGAAAGGCCUGAAUAUAUUAGUACAUCUAAGCACCAUUUUAGGAGUCAACUCUUAAGAUUUAUUAUUAAAAAACAACCAAUGAACCAAAUUCUAAAAAUAUCCUUUUGAAAAUAGUAUGUACUGAUUAAGGGCUAUUCAUUCUGCCACUUUUGCUCUGAGACACAUUAAGAAAAAAGGAGGGGAUGUUCUUUUUAUGUGACUAUGAAAUGCAAUAAAAUCUGAAGAAAGGCAAAGAGCUCCAAUGUUUACCAUACCUCAUCCUUUCCUCCCAUGUAACAACCUUCACGCAUCUCUUAUAUGAGCACAGUAAUUAUGACCUCUUUGUUUUGACCACAGAAACUUGAUUUAGGCAAGUUAAACAUUUAAACAAGUUUAUACAAGUUUAAAAAAAAAUGCUCAAUAGUUAUUGGUAGCUUGGUUGCUGUAUGUCUUCAAAACUAAAGUCAGCAAGUACCACAAGAAUUCUAAAUUCCUUCUUAAAUUUUGUUUUUAGUACUUUUUGUCCAACUUGUAUUUUCAGAUAUGCUUUUCCUUUCUUUGCAUUUACAGUUUAAUAAAUGGAUGAUGGGUUUUUUUUUUUGUAAACCUGUGUUAGUGCCAAGUCUUAUUUCUUUGCCAUCUCAGAAUUAUUUGGUUUGAUCUCUAAAAGUAUCCUUAGAAACUUUUUGAAGGGAAAAUGGAGGUACAGGGAGAAAUGAAAAAAUGUAUUGGUUACUGAGCUCUAAAUAGAACAGGAUUGAUAGCCCUUCUCCUGAAACAUUUAAGUCAUUGUUAUGAGAAAAAAAACCCCAAAAGACAAAAAACAAGAAUCUAAUGUCAGCUGUGAUUUUUGCCUGUAUUUAUAGUUAUUAGUUUUUUUGUUUUGCACUUUGAGACAUACCUGUAAAUUGAGCCUAUGUGAAUUAUGUUCCACUGUAUGUUUAUUACAGUUUUUUCCCUAUUAGAGCAACUUGUGUUUUCCUCAUAAUGUAUAAAUUUUUUAGGUAUAUAUUUAGCAAUUCACAGUAUUCUAAAUUUGGAAGGACUUUUAAGAAAUACACUUGUUUUAAUUUUUAUCUGUUUUCUAAUAUUUAUCCCUGUAUGUAAAUGAUGGGUUUGUUGGUAUUUAAAAUGAAUACAAUUUGAAUGUAAUUAACAUGCUGUUUUUGGAAGAGAUGAACUUUAUGUAUACUUAUUAAAUGAAAUUCUGUUAAAUUAU